AUGGCAUUACUGAGGGAAAUAGAGAAGGUGAAGUUGGAGCUGGAUGCAAGCUGCUAUACUGCCGGAAUCAUCGCGUGCGGGACGCGGUGGCAGCACGCAGUGGUUCUGAUGGUGGAAAUGCUAGGAGAGAGACUGGGCCCGAACACCCAAAGCUGCAACGCCUGCAUCAGUGCCUGCGCGAUAUGUGGGCAGUGGCGGGUGGCACUGUCGCUGCUGAGGGAGAUGACUGACGUGACGGUGGAGCCUGACAUCGUGAGCUACAGCGGUGCAUCCCUCGCGUGCGAGAAAGGGGCGCAGGGCCUGCGCGCGCUGUCGCUGCUCCGCGAGCUGCGCGACGCGGAAGUGGAGCCCGGCGUCGUCGUCUGCAGCUCGGUGAUCAAUGCUUGCGACAGGUGCGGGCAGUGGCGGCCGGCGUGGCCCCUGCUGCCGGCGCUCGGGGCGGCGGGCACAGCGCCGCUCGGCGCCCAGCCUCGGUGUGGGAGGUGGUGCACCUGA